UGUGUUGUGGUGGGGGGUGUCUGCAUCUAAAGCAGGGGGAAAAUGGCGAGUGAAGGAGAGUACGAGUCGGUCCUCUGUGUAAAACAAGACAUCAACGUGUAUAAGAUUCCUCCCAGGGCAUCCAAUCGAGGCUACAGGGCGUCAGACUGGAAGCUGGAGCAGCCUGAUUGGACGGGACGGCUGCGAAUCACAGCGAGAGGAAAAGUGGCUUAUAUUAAACUGGAGGAUAAAGCCUCGGGAGAGCUGUUUGCUCAGGCCCCAGUCAUUGAGUUCCCCGGGAUCACAGUGGAGACUGUCAGCGACUCCAGUCGAUACUUUGUUAUCCGUAUCCAAGAUGGAAACGGACGCAGUGCUUUUAUUGGGAUCGGGUUCAAUGACCGUGGGGAUGCUUUUGAUUUCAACGUAUCACUACAGGAUCACUUCAAAUGGGUGAAACAGGAGAAUGAGAUCUCGAAGGAAUCUCAGAACAAGGAUACAGGACCGAAGCUUGAUCUGGGUUUCAAGGAGGGACAAACCAUCACCCUCAAUAUCGGGCAAACAAAGAGGAGAGAUGGUAAGCCCCGCCUCCAGGGGGCAGUAGGUUUUGGGCUCCUCCCACCUCCCCCUGGUGGAAAGAUAGCCCUGCCCUCUUCCACUGAAUCACCCAAUCACAUUCCAGAGCCAGUUGCGCUAAACUCUGCUCCCCGAGUGGCAGCAGAAGACACAGGUUCUCUGUUAGAUUUGGACGCCCCUGAUUCAGUUCCCUCGGUUCCAGCACAAAGCUUGGAUACAUGGGGAGAUUUCUCAGCUCCAGCCAGUUCCGUUCCCGCUCAGAACAAGCAAUCGACAAACUGGGUCCAGUUCUAAAAGGGAACACCACUCCCAGUCCGAGCCACCAGUGAUCAAACUGAAUCCCAGUAUCAAACUGGGAACUAACCAGUUUCCCCAUGUCACCUUACAUAACCUCAACCCCCCCCCCCCCCCCCCCCCAUUAAUUACCCUUACCUGACCCCAGUUUAGCAUAGUCAGACCCCUAUGCGCCCCAAACACUGGUAGUAUCUCUGAACUCUUAGUUUUCACAUUAGUAUAGGUGUACUAAUUUGAUGAGAAAUCUUUGUUCAUGACUUUGUAUUAUAUAAACUAUUUUAGCAACAUUGAUCUAACUGGUGUGUGGCAUUAGCUGCUUUCCAGAGGAACCAAUUUAUAAAAAGAAGCCGCUUCCAGUGCCAGUUCCAUCUUCCUCAUGUUGUUUUGUGAUAUUUGCAAUGGGUUCUGUGUUCCAGUAUUUGAGGAGUUUAUAUUUUUCUCUAGAUCUGCCUUUACCUGGCUUUUGAAAUUGCUUUGAGCUUGUUUGGACAGUCAUGACUGUCCAAAGUCAUGUAAACUGCUUUCGUCAUUCCAAUCAACCCAUGUGACAGUGUGAUCUUUCAGCUUUACUGGCCCAACGUAGGUGGGACCAGCCAAAUUGAAAAGUAUCACAUGAUUUGAAUAGAAUGUGGAAACUCGCAGACAGGUGUAGAAAAAGAUACGGUACAAACUCAAUAUGUGAUUCCCAGAACCACUCAACAUGAUUGCAAACAUUGUAAAAAGGUUAGGGAAAGUUAAAUAAAUAAGUAAAUAGUGAGAUUUGAAACCCUUUCAGUCCUGAAUUGUUUUUGUUGAGCUGAAGAAUACAAAGUUAAGUUAUAUAAUUGAAAAGCAACUCCUUUAUUGAGAGGACAUAUAUUUUAGUGAGUGGGAUGUUAAAGUCCCGUUUGUACUUGAAAAACUAAACACUAAGGUAGGACUGAAAGGGUUAAUGUUGCUAUAUUGAUCCCAGCCGGAAACGAAAGAGACAAAGUACACAGUUCAUGUUGUGACAGAGACUCAUCAAAAAUGUUUAUUAUUAUGUUGCUAUUUAGUGCUGUGUGUAGUGUCUUUUAAAGUUACAGAAAUCAUUCUAGGUAACGGAAUGUUGGCUUGUGGCCUCCUAAAACAAGUCCACUUCAGACAUUCUACAUGCCGCCCACUUACAAGGGUAAAUCACGUGGUUUCUGAAUUCACGCCAAUAGCUGACUUCACUUAAUCGCUUGAUACUUAUUCUGCAGCAUUAUGCUUAACACUUGGCUAUGCAAAAGUAGUCAUUUGAAUGUUAGUAGCAUUGUCCCUGAAACCUGGCUAUGCAACAGGCUUUAAAAUAGGAUAUAUCUUUACCACUGAAGUGCACUCUUAGAAGUUGUUCUCAAGCUUGUACUUUGUCAAGCUGUACAGUUUAUUUAGUCCUUUAUAUCCAUGGAAAAUCCCAUAAUUAUAUACAACUGUGGCUGAAAUGAGAGACCCAAAAAAGAACACAACAAAAGUACAUUUAUUGAUAACUUCAUCUUUAUUCCAUGACAUUCAUUUUCUGAAUACGCUCCAGCCUAAUAAUAUUGUUCCAUUGUAUAUCAUUGACUGUUAUUGACCCAGUAAGUUCAUUGUUUAUCUUGCCAGCUUAAUUUCCAGGAAGAGCAAUUUUUUGUGUGAUUGGUUCCAUUCCUUGCAAUGAGCCACUGCUAUUAAAUAAUAAUAAUAAUAAUAAUAAUAAUAAUAAUAAUAAUAAUAAUUAAUAAUAAUAAUAAUAAUAAUGGCGGCAGAAGAUCCUGCGAAAUGCAGAUUUAUAUAAAUAACAAGACUAGUAAUAGCAUACUGAGGCACUUCCCUUAUAACUUGGUUGUAGUUUCUUAAGAGCAAAUGUGUUGCAAGACCCGGUUUGCCUACGGACUGAGUAUGGGAGCAGGAAAUACAAUCACUUAAAAUAACCUUACAAAAGCCCAGACUAAGAGGACAUUUUGGCUCCCUGCUCUUCAGUGCAUCUGAAAUCGGCUGAAUUUGUUUGCUAGUCUCUCAGCCAUUAAGUGUUUUUUUCUGAUGAAACAUGUUGCAGAUAAACUCACCAUUGUGUCGUGGAUACCCCCAUUUAAAAAACAUGUUAUUAUGUUUUCCUCCAAAAAAACGUUUCCCUACUUUAUCAACAGCGAAAAAUGGACUUGCAAGCUGUCCUUUAGGUUUUAGCCAUAUCCUGAAUACCUAAAAAAUACUUAUACUUAAAAUAUACUAUUCCAGCACUCAGUUCUGGGUUUCAGAACUACUCUAGUUUUGAAAUCACUGGUGCCAGGAAUUUGAGCAGUCAGCUAACUGCUAAAUCUGCACAAACUGAUUCUGUAGGCAAGCUCCAUUGUCAGCAGUGCAGGUUUCUGUGUUCUAAUUCUGUACAGGCAGGUACAGCAGCCACAGUAUGUCUUCAAUAUGGUGUAAUCCAGUUAUGCAGACAGGAAUGUCUAUAUUUAUUUAUUUAUUUAUUUGUUUGUUUAGUUAGUUAUUAGAGGUCAACACAGGUGCCUGAAAAUCUUGUAAAAUUUCAGUGAAAUCUGAUUUGAACAGCUAAUUGUUCCAUAAUUAUGUUUUGAUGUACUGUAGUGCUGGUUACAGUUGGCUUCCAAUACCAAAGUGUACGCAGAAGCAGAAAAAAUUGAAUAUUACUCAGUGGGAAAGGUCUUUUGACUGCUAUUCAUAUUACACUAAGCUACCAGAUGGCGCUUUUUAAGCAUGUAUGCCAGAUUUUGUACCUGCACCUACCUUUUAUUUAUCUGUGUAUUCAUUUAUUCAUGUAAUUAUUCAAUCAUUUUAAUGUAUUUUAUUUAAAUUGGUAUAAAAUACUGGAACAUUGUCUUUCCUUUUUGUCAGCACCCAUCCCAUUUGUUGUGGCUCUGUGUAUGACAGCUCACAUGGGAAUGAAGUGCUGUCAGUCUCAAGGUGCUGUGUAUGCUGACAGAAAGGAGAAAGGUCACGAGAUUUAUAUAUCUGAGCUCUUUAUCAUAUUUAUUGGUUGACGAUAUGGUUGCACGUAGUCCAGUUCAUAUUUAGUUUUUAUCCCAAUGUAUUCAGGUACCUUUUAUCAGACUCCUUUCUUAAAAGAGAACUAGAAUGCAUUGCUGGAUUUGUUGCUGUCUCUGUGAACUUGGUGCCAUGUGAUCACACUAAAGUGUUCAUCACUCUUGGUAAGCAGGAUCACCUCCUGCAGCUAUAAAUAACAACUUGAACAAUCAGAAUAUCAAGCUAUGAAGAUGAACAGAUCUUUUAAAAGGAGAGGCGAGCUGUGAAGUCAGUAGAGAUCACCUUGACUGGGGAUGUGGGUUAUGUUCAUCCAUCAUUACGCCAUCUUAUUGCACCAACAGUUUGCCUCCCUCCCCUUCAUGUCACUAGUUAGACAUUUCUUAGUGCUGCCUAUUUCUACAUCCUUACUAUUAUUAAUUAAAUAAUUGAAGACUUAAGUAAAUAUUAAAUGUAUAUAUAAAUAUAUAUCUAUAAAAAAUGUGAAGCGUAGAGUGUUUGUGGUCUUAGAUGUGUACAAUUAUGAUGUCUUAUCAAUGCAAAGACAAGAUGUAAAUAUUGUGGGUCAAUGUGUAUCAAUGGGAAUAAAAGGAAACUUUGGAAACGAGUUACAAAUAACAGCAUAAGUGAUGGUUCUUUUUUUUUUUUUUUUUUUAAUAAAAUAUAAAUGUCCUUUCUGCUUAUGUACAUGUAUGAGAAAUUGAUCAUUUUGUAAUUGAGCCAAUGCUUCUGAACCUAUUGCACUUCAGUCUGAUUAAACUCCCAACCCCUUUACAGAUCAAAACUGGUUUACCUGCAGUGUGUACAGUAUAGAUGAUUUGGCAAUGGACUCCUCAAAUAGGUAACUAUCAGAAUUUGCAUGUACUUUCUGAUAUAUAUGCUCUGAGCACACUCUUAAACUCAGGGGGAACGUUCAAGGAGGACAUAAACAUGUUUCUGACUCCUG